AUGUCAGACCCAAUUGACAAGGAAAAGGACCGGGUUCCGUCUGCCUUUGAGCUGCAGGAACGGGGACACUCCGACGAGGGGGAUGGCAGGGACGCGGUGGGCUUGGCGGAGUUUCAACGAGAAUCCGCGAGGGACAACUUGCAGGAUGAGGCGGCCAGCCCAGAAAUUGAAAUAAACACGGUCUCUCUUAGUGCGGUACCGGAGCAUCUUCACUCAUUGGCUUGCAGGAUUAACGACUUGAACGAGACGGACCUUGUCAUGAUUGCGGACUUCACGGAGAACUCUGCCAAGCGCGAUGUCUACUCUUUACUACCGUACACAGGGAGCAACUGGUUUUUGCCACAGAUCAAAGAGGUGGAAGAGGGAGAAUGUUACUGGGGCAUUCGAUGUGACACGUAUGGCAGACUGUCCGUGACGAUUUGGGGUCGCUGCCUGGUGUUACCGGUUAUCAACAUCUUUCUGCGCAUAGCUGUGAUUGUUUUGUGUUGGUUUGCACUGUGGAACAUUUUACCUCAUUGGUUAGUGGAACCCGGUGGCUACGUGUGGGAUCCGGCUGUCAUCGUUAUUGUUUCUGCCGUUGUUGGGGGUUUAAUAUGUCGAGUUUUGCAGAUUCCUCCACUUGUCGGGGUGCUGUGGAUUGCGAUUAUGUGGAACAACAUCCCUUAUGAGCAUUACCUAACGACAGGUAUUGUAUUACCGCUUAAGGAUAUCUCAUCAAAAAUGGGUUUGACGGUUAUCAUGGCACGUGCUGGUUUCUCCCUUACAAUUAGGGGCAUUCAAUCGCACUGGAAGCAAAGUAUUAUGUUAGCAACGCUUCCCUUUGCUUGUGAGGCUGUUGCACACAGCCUCAUUGCCAAUAAACUAUUUAACUACAACGGCGAUUAUAAGUGGGCCUUUCUACAGGGGAUUAUUUCUUCCAUCGUGUCUCCCGCUGUGGUGGUUCCUGGAACACUAUAUCUUCACGAGAUGGGAUACGGUCAUAGCUCUAAGCCGAUUUCCCUUAUGCUUUCUGCAGUUGGAAUGGAAAUUGUGCUUGGGGUCUGGGCUGCAAAUUUUAUUAUGGGUCUUCUCUUCCAUGACCAGAAGCUUGCUGUGGCAAUUGUGCUGGGCCCAGUUCAGUUUAUUGGCGGCAUCAUUAUCGGCAUUUUUAUUGGCGUGCUUUUCAUGUACUUUGUGGAGAUUCUUAAACGCGAGGCGGAGCGUCUGCCGAAUGGGAGGUAUCAAAAGGAACAUUUCUACGGCACCCUGGACUUUGCCGCCUUUGUUUUUCUUUUACUUUGUUUUGCCAUGGUGUUUUUUGGGUACGCGCUCAACCUUGCCGCGGGCGGCUGCACCAUGUGUGUCUUCUUUGCAAGCACUGUAACUCACUUGUGCCUAAAGGACGGCAAUUCAGAGCUGGAGGAGCAGAAGAAAUAUAUUGGCUCAUGGUUGGCUUUUGUCUGGGACCAGGUGAUGAUGCCCUUUUUAUUUGCUCUGAUGGGAUCAAAGAUCAGAAUCCUCUCCAUCUUUAAUGGGGACUUUUUCCCCAUGGCUGUGGUGUGUCUCGUCUGCAGUACUGCUGUGCGGUUGCUGGUGACAUUUGCGGCUCAGCUUGGCGCUGGCAUGACUUUUAAAGAGAAGUUGCUUGUGUGUGCGGGGUACUCUGGAAAAGCCUCAGCGCAGGCUUCACUCGGCGCAUUGGCUGCCACACUUGUCGCGGAGGAAUUUGAAAAACUUGCACCUGGAGAGCUGCCAUCGGCAGAGCUUUUGAAGCGAAAAGAGUAUGCGAGUAAUGUGCAACAGAUAUCUGCAAUGUACGUGAUGUUCAUGGCAGCGUUUGCCUCAAUUAGUCUUGUGCGUGGCGGUGUGGCAAUCCUUCCACGGGUGAAGCCGGGCAAACGGAAACAGUACCGACGAUCAUCGACGGAGGAGGUAUCAUUGCCUGCGGAGGACAACGAGAAGAGCCAACUCCCCACCGGUAGCGACACCGCCCCGUUUGGGGAAUCGAAGAAGUGUGAGCCCCACGCAACUCCCGAGAUGAAGACGGCUUAG